CUCUUCCAGAACAACGAUGCUAUAUGUGACAAGGCAACACCUAAAUGCUUUAGAUCAAGAGAUAACAGACUGAUGAGAGGAGGAGGCAGCAUAUUCCUCCAGCGAGGGGCCUGCAGUUGGGGACCUGCUCGCCCUGAUUCAUCUUGCCGCUGCCUUCCCUGACCAUUGGGAACGCUUCUGAUGGCACCAACUCCUGGCAGCGCCCUGAGGAGCAUCCUCUGUAGGCAUCUUCUCUUCUCUCUCCUGGUUCUGUGUUUCUUUUGUGAUGCUUGUAAGAAAGUCGUUCUUAAAGUCCCCUCUCAUCUUCAGGCUGACACAUUUGUAGGCAGAGUUAAUCUAGAGGAGUGUCUUAAAUCUGCUGACCUCAUCCAUUCAAGUGAUCCUGACUUCAGAAUUCUGGAAGAUGGUUCAGUGUAUACAACAAAAAACGUUGAGUUGUCUUCUGAGGAAACAACCUUUGCUAUUUUGCUCUCAGACUCUCAGAAACAGGAAGAAAAAAAGAUAGAGAUUGUACUGUUAGCCGCAGAAAAGAAGAUACCUAUGAAAAGACAUACAAAAGACAGAGCUCUUAAGAGAACCAAAAGAAGAUGGGCUCCAAUUCCAUGUUCAAUAAUGGAAAACUCAUUAGGUCCAUUUCCACAACAAAUUCAACAGAUCCAGUCUGAUUCUGCACAAAACUACACCAUCUAUUAUUCGAUAAGUGGACCUGGAGUAGAUAAGGAGCCCUUCAAUUUAUUCUACAUUGAGAGAGACACAGGGGAUAUCUUUUGUACACGUGCUGUAGAUCGUGAGACAUAUGACAGCUUUCUGAUAACUGGUUAUGCAACAACACCAGAUGGUUACUCAACAGAUCUGCCACUCCCACUUCUGAUCAAAGUUGAAGAUGACAAUGAUAAUGCCCCAUGUUUUGAAGAUAUGAUUACUUUUAAUGUGAUAGAAAAUUGCAGAGUGGGUACGUCAGUAGGACAAGUGGUGGCCACGGACAGGGAUGAGCCUGAUACACUACAUACUCGUCUGAAAUAUACCAUUUUGAAGCAGAUUCCAGAAAACCCAAAACAUUUUGCAAUCCAUCCAGAUACGGGUGUGAUCACUACCAUAUUGACACCUGACAGAGAAGCAUGUCCUACAUAUAUAUUGCAUGUUGAAGCACGAGAUAUGGCUGGCCAGAGUUUUGGUUUAUCAAGUACAGCAACACUGACUAUUGACAUUAGAGAUGAAAAUGACAAUGCUCCAACUUUCCGAAAAACUUCUUAUGUGACAGAGGUGGAAGAAAAUAGAAUCAAUGUAGAAAUUCUGCGUGUGGACAUAGAGGACAAGGAUUUACCCAACACUCCUCAUUCAAGAGCUAAAUACAUUAUCCUAAAGGGAAAUGAAAAUGGACAAUUCCAAAUUACUACUGAUCCUAAUACAAAUGCAGGCAUCUUAUGUGUUGUCAAGCCACUGGAUUAUGAAGCCACUCGCCAAGUUAUUCUACAACUUGGUGUAGUUAAUGAAGCUGAGUUCUCUAAAGGAACAAGCUCCAGAGGCAUUACGACUUGCACAACUUCUGUCAUUGUCAAUGUCAAAGAUACUGAUGAGGGACCUGAAUGCCAGCCUCCUGUAAAAGUUAUAGCAUCUAAAGAUGGUAUGGUGUCUGGGAAAGAAAUCCGUGGGUAUACAGCACGGGAUCCAGAAACCCACAGUAAUGAAGGCUUGAUGUAUCAGAAGCUAAAAGACGAAGAUGGUUGGUUUGAAAUUAAUAAAAACACAGGGAACUUGGUAACCACUAAAGUCCUGGAUAGAGAGUCACCAUUUGUAAAAAAUGACCAAUACAAUGUCACAGUGCUUGUGACAGAUAAGGUUGGAAGAUCAUGCACGGGAACAUUGGUAGUACGUUUGGAAGAUGAAAAUGAUAAUUCACCAAUAAUUAAGAAAAAUGUGACAAUUUGCCGUCAUGGGGAUGAAGGUGGUGUGAUAGAAGCUGUGGAUCAUGAUGGACCAACAAAUGGUCCGCCUUUUAAAUAUAUUGGUAAUCAGUCUAGUAAACUUUGGACAAUACAAAAAAAGUCUGAUACGUCUGUCUUAAUUCAUCCAAAGGAAGGUCUCAAGAGUGAUUUUUAUUCAGUGCCCAUUAAAGUAGAAGAUCGACAUGGCCUUGCUCGAGUAUCUCAUUUAGAAGUCAGAUUGUGUGAUUGUACUUUACCGAGUGAUUGUAAGAUGAUACCUGGUCAGUGGAGAGAUAUAUCACCUUCAAAUAUACAUCUUGGAAAAUGGGCUAUCCUUGCAAUGGUGCUGGGUUCUGCACUGCUACUAUGUGUCCUGUUUACAUGUUUCUGUGUUACCACUAAGAAGACAGUACAAAAAUGUUUUCCAGAAGAUAUAGCUCAACAGAAUUUAAUUGUAUCAAACACAGAAGCCCCAGGAGAAGAAGUGAUGGAAGCAAAUAUUAGACUCCCCACACAGACUACAAAUAUUUGUGAGCCAGUUAUCUGCACUGGGACGCUUGGUGGACAGGGAACCAAAACUGGUGGACAGCAAAGUUUUGAAAUGGUCAAAGGUUACACCUUAGAAUCAACCAAAAGUGGAGGACAUCAGACACUGGAAUCAUAUAAAGGAUCAGGACAGGGACUGGUGGAUACUGGCAGAUAUGCAUAUACUGAUUGGCAUAGUUUUACACAGCCUCGCCUUGGUGAAAAGGUGUAUCACUGUGGACAGGAUGAAGAGCAUAAGUAUUCUAAAGACUAUGUCCUUCCAUAUAACUAUGAAGGAAAAGGAUCUGUAGCUGGCUCUGUAGGCUGUUGCAGUGAUCGGCAGGAUGAAGAGGGACUUGAGUUUUUAGAUCAUCUGGAACCCAAAUUUAGGACAUUAGCAAAGACAUGCAUAAAGAAAUAAAGUGGGAGGCAGUGGAGUGUUGCGGAAAGAGAACACAAUUUGGAGUCAAAUGACUGGGUUCAAAACCUGAUUGUUACUUACUAACCCGUGCUACCUUUAGGAGGUCAGUGAAAUCAAGUGUCUGUAAAGUGCUUUGUAAAUACUAAUGCAACAUGUAAGUGUGAGCUAAUAGUAGUAUUACUAAGCCAUAAUGUCUCUGGGCCUCAGUUUCCUCAUUUGCAAAAUGAGGAUUUGGAGUUGGUCCUUUCCAACUCUGAAUCAUAUGAUCCUAGUUGACAAUUAUAAAUAAUUCUUUACAAGUUUUUCACAGGGAUUGUAAGUAGCAUUUUUUUUGUCAGAAUUCUCUCUCUCUCUCUCUCUCUCGAUCUAUAUAGCAGUCUCUCUGUCUCUCCCUCAUCUUUCUUUCUCUUUACAAAAGGUAAAUUUCAUCAAGGUUUGACUCAGUUUUCAUUUUAAAAUGUUUUCAGUUAUUCCCUUUUUUCACUUAACACAACACAUUGUCUCUCUUUGCUAUGCUUUAAUACAGAACAAGCAAGUGAAAUCCACUUGGAAUAUUUUAUGCAAUCUUAUAUACUAUGUUUCUUUUCUAUGAAUAGAGAUACCUGGGGAAUGAAUAGAUUGUGAAGGGUAAUGAAAUAUCAAUUUUAAGCUUGUUUAAUUAUGAGUGAGUCCUUUCACUCUGAUUUAAUUAAUAUAAAUGUAAGAAUUUUAAUAUCCAAGAAAGAAGUGAGAAAUGUUGGAGCUGUCCUGGGAACAGGAAGGUCUAGAUUCACGUUUCACCCUGAUACAUACGGGCUGGGUGAUCCUUACCUUCUCAGUGCCCUAGGCAGCUCUCUAAGGACUAUAUAUCGUAGAGAAGGUGCACAUAGCUGUACAGUGGAAGGAGUUUCCUCUCCAGAGAGUUCUUUAUACCAAUGAAAUCACAGGUCCUAUCCCUUAACUAGUAACUGCCAAUAUUCCUUUGUGGAUUCUUUGGCUUUACAAUCAAAGGUCAGCUUCAAGCAUCUUACCCCAGAUAGCUGAGCUGGCUUGAAAUAAGUGUAAUUCUCCUUCAUAUAUAUAUAUAUAUAUAUUCACAACCGAAUUUUUGUCAUUAGAAUAUGGCAUAGGUAAUUUAUUGUAUCCCUCUGUGUACAAGGCAUUGUGUAAAUGCAAAACGAGAUAAGAAAAGAACAUUGGGAUUACUGAAAUUUCCUUACUACAGUCAGAGAAAUGAAAAUAAAACCAAUUUUUAAGUUCUUUCAGGAAAUGAAAAAAAAUUAAAACUGAUGUAUAUAUGUAAAAUUAUUCAAGUGAUUUUGUUUUAGUUUUAAACUUCUCAAUUAUACAUCAGUCCAGAAAAGAGCAGAGAUUUUUUUUUAAACAAAUAUUUGUUAAGAGAUUUUAUUAUUAGACUUGAAAUAUCUAUGGAUAAAAACUGCAUAUGUCCUGGAGAUGAUUUUCUGUCCAGAAAAAAAGGUUUCUCUUUGUCAAUUAAUUGGUUAGAUAGUGAAUAGGGUACCUAGUUGGGCUUUUUUGUUUCUGUUGCCUCAUUUUCUCCUCAGUGGCAAUUUCCAGUCUGUGUGUUCCUUAAAAUGAAAGUGGAUGUUGGAGCAAAAGAAAGAAAUCAAUAUCUUACAUAUGAUGUUAUAAAUGUUAUACAUAUGCUACAUGUGAAAUAACAUUUUUAAAUAACAAGCUUAAGAUAUGAUAAAUGACACAACUAUAACUGACUUGUUACACUGAAGACAUUUCCAAAGGCAUUUCUGCAUCUAAUUUGUACAGUAACUCCCAGGAAAGAUGGUAGUACUGGUAGGAAUGUGAUAAGGAUUAAUUAGCAACAUGAAAAGCUAUUUGCAUGCAGUUUUGUGGAGAAAGUUUUCUGAAUAAGGAGAAAAAGGUAACUGCUGCACCAUUAAUUUAUUCCCAGCUUUAUUUUCUAUACUACACUGUCCUCAAAGCUGUUUUAGGGAAGGAACAAGAGUGGAAGUGUGUGUCUAAACAUCAUUGCAUAAAAGACCAAUGAUUUUGGUGGUGUGGGAUCUCCCUCCACCAAGGCAGAUUACAGCUCAGUUUUAGCUCAUUGUCGUGGAGGUUCAGAGAGGUUUCAUAUCUUGUACUAACAAUAAAUGUCGGAAAUCAGAUUUGAACCCAGGUCUUCCUGACUUCAAAUCAAGCACAUUAUCUACUACAGCUUAUUUACUUUCAUGAAUGUGAACAUAAAAUUUUAUGUUUCAAAGAUGUAUUUCUGCUUCAACUAAGAGAAGCCAUUGUUAAAAUUCAGGGGGGAAAAAUUGUGCAGAAGUCUGGGAGACAAAGGAAUUCUGAGAUGAUUUUCACUGUUUUAAAAAACACUUGGAUAUCAUUAGUUUUUACCUCUCAGAAAUACCAAUUUAUAUUCUGUGUUAAAAACUAAUGUGAUUCUGAAGACAGUGCCAUGACUGAAAUUAUAAUGUGUUUAUGGCAGACGUUUCAGAAUUUAAGAUGUCCUACAAAUUAAUAAGCUAAGACUUAUUAAUCUAUACAAUUAUUUUCUGUACUUCUAGUGUCUCAAUCCUUAAAAACAGGUAUCAAAGGGAACAAAUAGUCAGUGGUAGGGUGGGAAAGAACUGUAUUUUGCAAUAAAUUUACUUUUUUCUCCUUU